CUCGUUGCAAUUAAGAAUACUAUUACCCUUGAUAAACCUCCAUCGACGUAGAAAUCUUUUUCCUGCUUCGGGAGCUAGUGAAGAAAAACAACACAAAACCCUAGUCUUCUGCUUGUGUCUUGAUUGACUACUCGAUUUAGGGAAACCAGAAAAAAAAAAAUCUUUCUACCCAAAAAAAAGAAAAAAAUAAUAAAAAAGGAGCAUGUGAAAAUAUUUUCACCGAAUUCGACCUUAAUCGACUUCGAGUUAUCCAAGAACAUCCCAACUAGCUUCUCAUUCAUAAAAUCCACUACUCAGCAACAAAAACCCCAUGGGUAUCAUGAUGAACGAGAGCAACAAAUCACCCAAAUUUGCCCAACUAUCAAAGAUGGUCGUUAUCAUCACCACAUUACUCCUACCAUCUCUAGUCGUCCCCAAGGAUCUGUUCCCCAGCGUGAACGUGACAUUCGAGAACGAGGUCCACCAUGCGGUGGACCUCCUUUGCAGCUUCGAGUCCACACCUCGGAUUAGGACGUUGAUGCCUGGCGAUAUGGCGUGGUGGACGGUGAAGGAUGUGUUGUUUCCGGCCGUAUGGUGCUACCUACAGGUGACUGAUGACUUCUUCGGAUUGUUCUGGGGGUACUUUGUCAGCAGGAAAUGUGGCGAUGGGAGCAACUGCCGGUGGAGGAUUAAAGAAGAUGGGUUGUAUUAUGUGCAGACAAAUGGGGAAUUGCAGUACCAAUGGUUGUUCUAUGGUAAUGGCGGGUUCGUUUGAAUCAUUGGUCUCAUAAGCGGGGCUACUGCUGCAAUUUCAUUUCAAUUGUAUUCCUAUGAGUCUAGAUCGGUGAUUAUUAAUUCAGUACUAUUCAUAUCUCUCUCGACACAAUUUAGUUGUAUUACUGAUUGUUGGUUAUUGUAUGAUAUAUGAUAUGUACCUAUUUACAAUAUAAACACUUACAAAUUGCCAUGGAUUAAAUGAAAGUAAUAAGGUAUUUAAUAUUUAAUGAUUUAUACCUAUUUUUAAGUUACUGGCCUCGCGUGCCGAAGGUAACAUAGCCGAGUUGGUCGGGAGUGUGGUCUUUCGGGUCUGAGAUGUGUGAGGUCUUAGGUUCGAACCCCGGUACACCACUCGGUGUACUGGGAGGCACCUCGAGCGCUGGAGACUUUGUCUACCCCUAGUAUCGGGUGCUAGGCUUUGAAUAUGUUGCUGAUGCAGGUACUCUCCAGGUUUAGUAGACCCCGCUGUCACGAAGAGACACUUGGGAUUGAGGUUCCUGGGUAAUAAAAAAAAGUUAUUGGCCUCGAUUGCCUCGUCUCUAGACAUGCAAUUUCUAGGCUUGUUUAGAUUUUAUUAAUGAAAAUUAGAUAUAGUUAAGGUGGGAUAGUCUCCUCAAUACUUUAAUAGAAGUUAAAAUAAGCGAAUGUUAUAUCAAACAAAUAUUGGAAAGCGUAGAGGCAUGCUUCUUUGUAUCGUUCCAAUUUUAGGAUGUCUCCGUAUGCUAUGAUAAGCACAAUUUGAGAGAGAAAUGUAGUUUGCGGCAUGUUGGAACAAAGAAGAGCCGCUCUGCAAUGAUUGAGCAGAUUAAAAAUGAAGUUAACAUGAUUUUUAAAGUGAAUGUAACUGCUGAAUUUUGGCUUUGUUGAUGUUUACUCUUGGUAUUAGGGUAAUACUUGUGAUAGUGAUCAAGGAAUUAUAGUUUACACGAGGUAUAGUGGUAUAAAAGCAUACAUGUUACUCAAUUGGCAGGGUGUCUUGCCAAAAGGUUCUUACUUUUUAUGAUUUUUUUUAUAGAAAUCUCCUGGAAUUUUAUUAAUGGGCUAAAACCUCAUUUGAUUACAAGUCCAACAGAAAUAUGGGUGGUCUGUCAACCCAUUUCUCAUGGGUUUCCCAAUUACACAUAACAUGGGCCAUUGCAUGUGCAACCUGAUUCCCCUCCCUUCGCCCAAACCUCCACUCAACCAAACCGAUUUGGUUCGCCUAUGCUUGGAUCUCCCGGAUGCGCACACCUGUCUCUAGUCUUAACGUCUCCUUCUUCUACAAUUUGAGGAUUGCAUUUUGACAAUCGGAUUCCAUCAGCACAUUAACUAAACCCUCCUCCCUUGCCAUUUCCAGAACGAAUUCAAUUGUCCGGAGUUCUUCCAGUUCCAGCUGCCAGGGGUUAUGCUCCAUGCGCAUUGCUGCCAUUACGAAGUGCCCAGUUGAAUCGCGACCCACCACCCCCAGCACCGUCCCUCCAUCUUUCAGCACUGUCGCGUCAACAUUAACCUUCACACAGCCCUUCGGUGGCCUCCUCCAGGUGCAUGGUUCUUCCAGCCUUUCAUUGGUAGACUAGUGAUGUUGGUCUGUGAACUCCUCCCAUAAACUGAUCGUCUUUGACACAGUCUCCCACUCCUCCGUCUUUUUAUUGUUGAACAUCUCAUUAUUCCUCGCAUUCCACAUCAUCCAAAGAAUCAUACAUAGUUGAGCUUGGAUAUCAACAUCAAUUCUUUCCAUGAAUUCACACAUCCAGCUCCCCAUCGAUAGUAUAGGCUCUAGUUCGAAUAGGGGUCGAAACACAGAAGGUCGCCAUACCUGUAUCGCCCAUUGACAAUCUCUAAAAAUGUGGUUCUAUGUUUCCUCCAGAUGGCAAAAGGGGCACUAUGUUGCAACGUCCAUUUUCCUUCCCUUGAUGUUCUUGCUAAUAAGAAGUAUAUUGUGAA